UUAUGGCGGGUGUUCAGGGAGAUCAACACAUCAUCGGCUUUAUUAUGGCUCUCACGGAUUGUAAACACAGUUGUUAUUCGAGGAUUGAUUAGAAACAAUGGCUUAUAGAUUCCACCGCACGUUGCUACUUCGUCCGCCAUUAAGACUCGUCAAAAAUUCGAGAUCUACGCAAAAAUUAAGCAGAAGCUUUUGCACGUGCACAGUGAAGGAAGAUCUCUUUGAACCGAUACAAUGUAAACCAAGUCCGAGAGAUUGCCUCCCUAUCAAAAGAAGCUUCGUACUUACCGCUAGGAGAGGCCAUCAGACUCUGUCAAGUGAUUUCGGUGCACAUUUGCCGAGUGUAAAGCAAAUGGAAAAUUUUUUGUCAGCUCGUAAAAUUUUGUUCGAACACGGACACACUUCACUGAUUGCUUGUUGUCCAUUUUGCACGGAAGGUGGCGAUGGUAGUGAAAAGACUAAAGCGUUUACCUUGUACAUAAAUAAGACUACUGGAAGCCAUUUUUGUAAGAACUGUAACGCGUCUGGAACGUGGCAGAAAUUUAAGGUAUUUCUCACUCAACUUUUGAUUUCAUCAGAGGGGAGGUAAGGGGAGGGGAUGGGAAGGGGUGUACUUGAUAACUAAAAUUUCAGGGGUACCUAAAAAACAUUACAUCCAACUUGUUGUAAAGUUGCUGAAUUUUCAAAGAAGAAUAGAUAUAAAGUUUACUUUUACAGGAGAGCUUUUACACUCCCUGCCUGAUAAGUACUGUAAAUCCUCUAUUAAGCCCCCCUGGGGACUUAUUUCAAGCACAUUUGAGGGUGGGGUGGGGGGGAGAGCUUAACAGAGAGGGGGUGCUUUUUUCUUAAUGAUGAUAGCGAAAGUGAUGAUUAUCCAUGAAGAACUAGAAUGUAAAGUGGAAAAUCUCAGGUACUUGAAGUUAGGGGUCUUGCAACCAAAGAUCAAGAACAGAUUCAAAAUUUCAGCAAGUGAAUAACCCAUACAGGACCAGUCCACGUAAAGUGAUACAGUUGUGAAAAAUGAAUGAAGUCUAUCAUUUAAGUAUAUGAGGGAGCAGGGUAGUUUGCUACACAGCUAUUUCUAGUGUCAUCUUGCAACGCUCCUCCCCACAAACAGCUGCUGAGAAUCGAUCCUAAAAAACAACACUAAAAACAGCUGUGACUAGGGGCAGGGGAGAGGGGCUUAAAAGAGAUGGGGGUACUUUAUCACUUUCUUUCCCUGAAAUGGGGGUGGGGGGGAGCUCAGUUCAUGAGGUGGGGAGCUUAAUACAGGAUUAACAGUACUGGUGAAUACACAGGCAGACCAUCUGAACUGUUGGAGGUAUAGUUUUUGUCACAUGCAGUCUGUGAUCUGUAAUCUCAUACUGGCUGCUCUCAGCCUUUUGGUCACAAAUGAUAUCAGAAGAAGUGCAACCAUAUGAAAAAGUGGUGCUUGCUGUAGUUUAAUACUCCUCUUAUAUUAUGAUUGUAAACGUCCUUUUAGUUUGACCUUAGUUUGCAUUUACCCUGUAUUCCUUACCUGCAUGUACACUGCACAUCUAUAGAUGUCUUGCCAGGAGAAACAUAACCAAGAAUCCAGUAGGCCUAUUUUACAGGACAAUUUGACUGAUAGUGAUGCUGAUCAAACAAGUCAGAUAUGGGACAACUCUACUCCAAUAUCAAUGUGCUCUGAUGUUUUGUUGGAAAAACUUAGGGCACAAUUUCCAAUCAAGGUGAUUUUUUCAAUAAUGAUAAUUAAUAAGAGUAGGUAAAUUUGGCAAUGCUAGACCAAAGUGACUGGAGAGGGAGAAUCCAUGUCGUCCGAGCUAGUGCUGGACCAUACUAACUCAGCAAUGUUUUUUUAAUGGAAAUUGUAGGCUAGACUUGUUCAUCCUUUGUGUCAGGUUGUUGUGAUAAAAAUAGAUGGAAGCUAUCUUAACCCUUUCUGUUGCAAGAUCUUGUGAGCAAGAUCUAAAGGUUCAACAUUGGGCAGUCAAGAUCCUGAAUUUCCUACAUCUUUCUAGCAAGGUCUUGAAAUUUGUUGAAUUUAAGAUCAGAAGUAUGCACAGUCAAUUGGUUUUCUUAUCAUGUUUAUCCGGGGCAUUCACUCCUGCAUGAUGACAUCACAUAAAACACGCAUAGAUUUCAGGUAAAGUUCCUUCAGUGUAAGCAGAUUUUAAACGAGGUGAGUGUUUAGUGAUUGCUUUUUUUAUUUUCUAGAUGUCUUUAUUUCCUUGUUGAAUUAUUCAUCAAGUACCGGUACUCGAUCCAGAGCGUUAUAGUAAUGAAUCUCGAGAAAGACAAGAGAUUUAUAUGUGUGACUGCUCUAUUUGCUGAUUCGCGAAUAAAUGGAGGUGCAGAGAUGUUGAUCAAAUCCUCUUUUAUGGACAUAGUUUAUUUUCUCUGUGCAUUCAGCAGUAGUGAAGUGCUAGGCAAAAAUACCUCUACGUGGAAUUAACGGCCAACUCUAGCUUGCUGGUCUCAGGAGAAAACAGAGGAAUAUAGGUAUGGAGCAAACCAGCUUUGUGUCUAAAGCAAAUUCGGUAUCACAUGCAAAUCAAGUAUUCUCCACCCGUUGAGGCGUUAAAUUUGAUCAUCAAAAUCUCUGCCCUUUGAGGUAAAUAAUUCAGCUGAUAAUUUGACCAUAUAGUCACAUUAAUUUUUUGUCCGUUGAAGCGAAAGAAAGCUUGGAACUAUGGAUUCAAAAUGUGUAUUGCUCUUUGAAGUUAUCCCCUGGCUAAUUAACGACCAUUCAAUUGUAAAAUUCAGAUUUGACUGUCGCAUUGGAAGGCGCCUGAUUGACCUUGAAUAUUCCUGAAAAUGUAUCAGUAUUGCCAAAAGGCACUUCCUGAGUUGUGACAAACAAAUGCUUGAUUAUGACAUUUAAAUACAGUGUAGAGCCAACAAUUACGUUUCAUCAAUGUGAAUGAUACUCGUUAUCCAUCUGUCAAUAUCUUUGCAUCUUCAUUCACGAAUUGGCAAAAAUUGUUAACAUUGAAAAGCAUCCAAACACCUAUAAACUAUCUCUUGUCUCUUGUCAUCACUAAACUGUUUGUGACCUUGAUGAAUACUUCCAUAGGCAAAUAAAAAAAUCUAGAAAAUACCAAACAAGCAUUACCAAAAACUCAGGCCUCAUAAUCAUCUGCUUGCAUUGUGAACUUAUUGAAGGGACUUUCCCCUUUUAUACAUCACAAAGACACAAAAAUAACAAUUUUUUUAAAGACAGGCUUACCUACCCUAAUUCCCAGAAGUCACUUUCAUUUUCUUAUGCACUUUAUUUAUUUUCAAACUCAGUGUUCUCCAUAUAUUUUCCUCCAGCUCUGAUGCCAGCACUUACUUCCAAAUUGAAACUCCUAGUUUGUAAGAUAUUUAACUUCUUUUCCUCUUAAGGAGCUGAGACAAGAGAUAUUGGAAAAGUUUCAAAUAAGAUUCACUGAACGAGAGGUAUUGUAAUAAUAAUUUCAGUAUUUCCUGCAUGUAGAUCAUAGUCAAGACAGGCAGCAGACAUUAACUCAACAUUGUCUAUUCUUUUAAAGUGCUCUACUAUGUUUUUACCAGUUUAAAGGGCCUAAUGGGAAGACAAAGAAACAUGACUGUAUUGUGUUCCCAUGGUAUGAUGUCAACAAGUCAGCAGUAAAGGCUGUGAAACUUGUCAAGCUGGAAGUAGACUCUGCAUCUGACUCAAGUUUCACCAUAGAGCCUCGGUAAGGAGUUUAAUAUUUAAACAAGGGCAAUAUAUCAGUUAUCAUACAUCCAAAUUAUUCAAGUAGGUAAAACAAGUCAGCAGGGCUACUAGGAAUCAAGGGCCAUAUGUACAUGUUGAAAAAGGGAAGAAUUCAUCCUAAUCCAUUCAACGUUGGACUUAAUUACCUGUGUAACCUGCAGACAUUUGGUGAUGCCACAUUUCCUGAAAAAUGACGUCUGAAGUUCGAGCACAGGAAUUGCAUACUGAUGUUGUGCCACUAUCUAGAACUGUAUCUAGUUCUUUUGAUCAGUUGAAGCAAAUUCCCAGCUAAUCAGAAGCACUUAGAAAUACAUGCAUGCACCCAAUUUUGGGUAGUGAUGCAUUAUCAGUAUGGAAUUUUUUGCACUCAUUUCUAAGCUUUUUCUGGCUAAACAUACCUUUAGAUCUUUCAGUAUAAACCUGGAUCCCUUUCAUAAUCAAGUAAACAAUGCAAUCAAUUUAUUUAUUUUGCUAUUUAUUCAGCCAGCGGUUUCUGGGAUUGUUUGGCUGGAAUACAGUAGAUUCUGAAGCUAAGGAGGUUUGUUAUGUUUUACUCUGCAUUUCUAUCAAUGUUAACUCAACUAUCCAACUUAACAGUUUUAUUUUGGACUAUGAAUUUUGUGAGUUGGCAGCUCUUGCUACGUGUAUCCUUUACAUCAAUCAGACUUAAUAUCAAUCAUGACUUUCAUGGAGUUUUGAGUGAAUGUCGCUUGAUGUCUUUUUUUUCUUCUUCAUCUUUGUCUUCUCAUUAGGUUGUGUUGACAUCAACAGAGUUUGAUGCUAUAGCUGUGAAUCAGGCGACAUCAUACCCAGCAAUAUCUCUACCCAUGGGAAUAAACUCACUACCCCCUGAGGUGGGUGUGGUUGAUGCACCAAGUGUAAAAUGCAGAUGUUGCAGUGAUGCUUAGCCUUUUCCCCACAGGAUGUGGCCUCUUACUGUUUUGGAUGCACUGUGAUUGUAAGAUCCAGGGGUUUAUCUAAAAGUUUGACAUGUCAGGUGGAGCCACCUCAGAUGCAAAGUUUAUUUAAAAAGGGGUAUUUGGGGUAAGAUGGGGGAAGUGAAAAGUCGUGAGGCAUAUGUAGGUGGGACAAACAGGCACCUAGUGAUCCCCCUAUAUCAGGCCAGUAGAGACAGUAGAGUUAGGUUAUUUGCUUGGAAAAUUUCAUGUACAGUACAUGUACUGGGAACAACCUUGGCACAACUCAUCAAAAUACAGUGAAAAUGGUCAAACUUAGGUCUAGAAUUGCGACUUGAUUGAGAUACAAAAUAAUCGCAGCUAAUGUGGAUGCUGUUGUUAAUUUUUUAUCUCAGGUAAUUUUUGUUUUUGUUUUGUUUUUGGGUAUGGUAAUGUAUGCUAGUGAAGUUGAAACAAAAGAAAAACAAAAAUGACGUGAAAUAAAAAAUUAACUACAACAUAGACACUAUUUGACCUUUCAAGUGGCUCUUCUAGGGCCUGGCUUAAUUGUUUCUCCCAGCAUGGUUGAACAAGUAGACAUUGAUUUGGCAGCAAAACUUGCAUCUUGGAAAUGAGUCAACUCAAUAACAUUUCGUUGUGUCCAGGUAGUAAAUCUCAUCUGUACAACUUUUGCCUUUAACGUCACCAUGCAUUGCAAUUCCGAAAACUUUUGCGUCCUCAACAGUUUUUAGAAGCAGCAUUGUUCCUUCGACGUUUCUUAGUCAAAACACCCUUCAUUUUCAGAAACUUCUUUCAGGUUACCUGGACUUCAUGAAAAUAUAUGGUUUACUUUUCAGGUUCUUCCUCAACUUGAACAGUUUGAAAAGAUCAUUCUCUGGUUUGGAAAUGAUGUUUUCUCACGACAAGCUGCCAACCAGUUCUCAAGAAAACUAAAUCUGAAAAGAUGUUUCCUUGUCAGGUAUGUAGCCGUCGCAACCAUCAAAUUCCAAAAACCCAUGGUCGAUGUAAUAGGCCAUUUCCGAGUUGUCCAAGCGUCUCUUUCAAAGUGAGGCUAAGUGCGAAGCCAUUGAUAUGAACAUAUUUUUUUCAUUCUCUCGCAUUAACAAAACACAUUUUCACAAGAAAGGUUUUGCGCUUAGCCUCGUUUUUUUAGAGUUUUUGGAACUCGGAAAUGGCUUAUUACUUAAGGUUAACGGAUGUAAGUUGUGAGACAAAAUUUAAUGUUUCGUGUACUCCAACGUUGAAGUUUCCCCUCUUAGUCUUUGAUUGUCCUGAUGGAGUAGCCAAAUUUGUUUUAAGACUGCAAUUUGCAACAUACUGAAAUGACCCUCUAGUGUAACGUAGUUUUAUUCAUAAUAUUAGGGAGCUUAAGCGACUACAGCAGUGACGGCAAGAAGAACAGCAAAAAAGCAAUAGGUUUUGAUUGGCAAAACGAUAACUUUGCACGUGCAUCACGCAUUUUGGUACAGUUCUUUGCCUUCGCUGCUUGACUACACCGUGAAACUUCCUAUUUUUACGUUUUGUGGAGACGUGAACACGAGGCAACAAUUUUCUGUUUCUUUUCCUGAACUUCAAUACAAUCCUUUAUAAUUCAACUCCAGAAAAAAAAUUGCCAUUGUUUUCCAAUUGUAUGGGAUUGAAUAAAAGCGAUAAAGUUUGAAGCAGCGCGAAUUCACUUUUUAAGUGACGUGUUUGUAGCCGUCGCCGUUAGUCUGAAACACAGGCUAAGAAUGCAAAAAAAAACAGUCCAUUACCUCUUUGUAGCCUUUGCCGAAUGUAACAUUGCUUUUGAUUGUGUAUGUUUUGUUUUCUUCAGGCCUACUGGUGAAACAAAUCCUGUGAACGCUUUGGACGCUUUGAAUUCGGUAAGAGGCCGGCAAUGAAACAACUGUUAAAUUCCCCCUAAAAUUCAUUGGGACUGUUCACUUCUGGUGGGUACAUUCUCAAACUCAUUAAUAAUUCAUAUAGAAAAUUCAAAGGAAUUUAAUGUUUAACGAGUGUUUGGAUAUCAGAUGAAAAACUGCUCAUUUUUGCAUCCUUAAUUUCUCCUUCAAAAAUGAUUUUGUUUGAGAAGAAAUAUCAAACAUUCGACACAGUGUUUCAUCACCAGAUGAAACACCUCGAAGUUCGUCAAAAAUACUCCGCUGCGCGUCUUAUUUUCAACUCUCUUCUCGGUGUUUCAUCUGGUGAUGAAACACUGCGUCUCAUGUUUGAUAUAUUACCUCAAACACUCUACGUAUUUUAAGCAAACGUUUGCGCUAAAUGUAAUACAGUUUGUACACUAGAUCAUUUCAGGCGUGAGAGUUUAUGGAAUGUUGGCCGUGGGUCAAAAAUAGUUAUUUGUUAUGUUAAUAACACAAUACACCCAAGAAUAGCUUCCUUUAUUUGAUAUGCCCUUGGACUUUGUUGGGUUUGCUAAUAUUUCAAUUACGACUCUUGCUUGCCUUCCGAUCAUAAUUACUUGUCUCCAGGUCAUGAAAAAUUGAUUAGUAAAAAAAAGAGGAACUGGGAAAAUACUACAACUUCUCCUUUCUAUGGAGGCAUUUACACUAGGACACUGAGAUACUCGGAUAAAUUUCGGUUUCUGGGAAACUGCCCACCUACCCCUUCCUUAAGCUAACGUGGACACUUACUUCUCACGUAGGGCAAAAUGUUGGCUUAGGGGAGGGGUAGGUGGGCAGUUUUUCAGAAACUAAAUGGAUCCAGAUUCUCUUGAGAAAACUGUCACCAGUGUUCUUAAGUUUCAGUGGUCUCUUUGCCCCACCCCCAUGGUUGUUGGUUGGCCGGGCGAAGAGACAGCUGACGUUUCAGACCACAAACUUUCCCCAUGUCUUUGUUAUUUCUGCAUUUUGUUUAUUGAUGCUGUUGUUUUCUCUGCAGGGUUGUGAUCUCGCGUCGCUAGUUUCGUCUGCUCAACAAAUCAGUCAUGAUAAAAUCACCACCUUCCAUCAGGUCUGCUACUUUACCACCAUGCAGGCAGCUACACGUUAAAACUCUCCCUACAUCUUUCCCAGAUCCGGCAGUGGGAAAUUUGCUAGCCAGAGUUAAAGAUUGUCAAAAACAAGACAAUUCGUAAUAAUACAGUCGACUCAAUAUUUGACCACCUCACAUAAGCGACCGUCUGUCCAGAUCACCAUCAUUUUUCCAGUGAAGAGCAUAAAGUAUGCUAGUGGAUUUUUUCGUUUGUUUAUCAAGUAAUUUAUUUCUUGACUCAUGCGUGUAUUCACUCGCCUGGUUUUAUUUUCUUUUUACAGUUAAGGGGAGAAGUAUAUGACCAAUUUGUUAAUGCUGAUCAGGUUGCUGGAGUAAAGGUUUGGUGAUUUUCGUGUUUUAUUGUUGUCAAAAUCAACAAAAACUAAAGUAAAAAGGCAAACGGUAUUCCCUGGCUUGGUCAUCGUUAUCUUCUCUACUCUACCCUACGUUCUACUCUAAUUCCAAAAUACCCCUUUUUUUUCUUCACAGUGGACACGAUUUCCUCAGUUAAACAGUAUUUUAAAAGGAAUGAGGCGUGGAGAGGUUACAGUUUUUACUGGCCCAACAGGAGCAGGAAAAACCACCCUGCUAAGUGAGAUGUCUCUGGACCUCUGUAUGCAAGGGGUGAGUAGUUACCAUAUCAGAGAGAUUUAGAACCAUGUUGGCAGUUUGUAGCUUGUUUAUGUCUGUUUGUACUACAUGACUAUUAAGUUCUCCCUUUACCUGUUAUUUACUGGUCAGUACGGUCCACACAGUAAUCAGUAGAUUGAUUACAGGCUAAAUUUUUAGCCCGAUUUUGAUCGAUUUUCAUCUCGCGUUUUCCUUUGGAAAAAUCAACCCGAUUAAUUGUAGCAUGUAAACAGGCCCCUAUAUGUUGGGCCAAAGAUCCUAUCGACAGACUGAAUCGUGUAAACCGGCCUUUAAACAACUUCAAUAAUAGGUGUAAAUUAUUUUUGUUGUUUUUGAUGAUAGGUAAACACUCUUUGGGGGAGUUUUGAGAUUCGUAAUGUUCGUCUUGUGAAGAUGAUGCUUUGUCAGUAUUCAGGGUGAGUUACGUAAAAAUAAAACCAAAGUGAUAAUUGCCGGCUUAUCAUAGCAGCUGUAGACAAACCAGUCAACCAAUCAGAACGGGAAGAAAAUAAAUAUAAAGCACGGAAAAAUGCUUGCGAGAUUUUAGGUGCUUCUGAUUGGUUUAGAAAGUGGCGGGCAAUUUGUCAUCUAAUCACGGAGCAAAACAAUACGAAACCAUCUUACCAAGCUUGGUAAGAUCUAAACGCCCUCCCAGAUUCGGAAAGAUUGCUUGAGCCGAGCUUUUACCCAAGCUUGACAAAGGCUAAAUGCUGAUGGCUGUUCUGGAGAUAAAAAAGGAAUGUAAUGCGCUGCUUUUUCAUUUUAGGUAGGACAUCAACACUUUACCUUCAGUUCUUUUUUAUUGUAAAUUUCUCGCAGUCCGCGCCUGCAAAUCUCACAUUAUUCAUCUGAAGAAUAUUCCUGAGUAAUUGUUUUCUUUAAUUUCUAAGUACUUUGCGUAUCGCGCGAAAUUUAAAGGCGUUAAUUGGUUACUCGAUUUGGCGUGCGGAGGCCCCUUGAAUCGUAGCUAUCAGACUACACGUAUUUAAUUCACCGAACUCAAUUCUAGGUAGUAAACGGCAAACUCUCGACUGUGUUUAAUGUUACUUAAUGGCAAUCUGUAGCGGUUAGUGCUAGGCCCCUACAUUGUUCGCCUUGUACACCAAUGACGUACCCAAUUCAGUUUCUUCUCGCUUUGUUUUAAUGUAUACAAAUGACGCCACCGUACACUACCCGCGCAACAGCUUUCAAGUGCGGGGAAUUAUUAGAAGUUACGAAAGAGCGAAUUGGUAUUAUCGCUGAAAAGCUGAAUGCCGUGUGUUCCGGUCCGUUUUCUCCGGCUUUCCAAUACCAGCAAGUCCAUCCUUGUUCAUCAGUUAAGAUCAAUUUAAACUUGUGUGUAGUGUUACUGGAUUGGUGGCCGGAUUGUGUAAAAUAUUAAUUUGUAUGUGCAGAGAUAAACCUGAUCCUCCGAUUAGAAUACCAACCUCAUCAAUAGAACUUGAAUUAGUUGAUACUGUGACAGAAUUCCAACCGAAAGUGUUGUGAACAUCUGGGCAUUUUGUUCUCAGGUUGAAUUUGGAAAAAGACGUUGACAAGUUUCAGUACUGGGCGGAUAAGUUUGAGAUGCUUCCCAUGUACUUUAUGUGUUUCUACGGAGCUCAAAAUAUCAACACUGUUAUAGAGGUGAGUUUUACCAGCGCCUAUAUUGGCAAGUAAGUUGUUAUUCACCGAGCCCUUGGAAAUGACUUGUUUGAACUUCAAACGAAAAAAUUGACGAGAUGAUAAACCGUUGCAGUAAUUUACACCAAGAUUUGGCGCAAGAAGAAGCCUGACCAGCUUAUAGCUCAUUAUAUUUGUGCAAGAAAUUUUUGAAAUUGCAACAGCUCUUCACUAUCGCUUCUACAAAUGGAGGACGUUUCGGUAUGAUUCGGGUCAUCUUUGUCAGAUUACAAGUCAUCUUUUGAAUACUACGGGCUAUCUUCGAGAUUAUCAAGAAUAUCUUCGAAAUUAACUGAGUACGUCUGAUAUUGCUGAUGUCAUGGAAUAUGCGGGCGAAGUAAUAGGUUCUCUAAUAACAGACAACCAGGCUGAGGCUGGGAAAAGUUUUACCUCACUCUUCUAAUCGGUAGCAAGUAACUUGGGUAGUGCACUUUGAUUUUCCUUAUCAGCAACAUUUCUAACAGGUUGUUUUCUUCCUCUUAGACUAUGAGUCACGCUGCUUAUGUUUACGACAUUGAACACGUCAUCGUCGACAACCUACAAUUCAUGACGUCAUACCUCAGGUAUGUACUUACCCAUAAUGCAUUCUAUUUCCGCUCUUUUUUCUUCUUUCUAAGCCUGUUGCAGGCCCCAAGAUGAGAUGCACAGCGCUUCUGAAAAGUACAGUGUAAAAAACGCUUGGGGGCUGUGGAGAGAGGAAGCGUAGGAGCUUACUGAUCCAGCCCCUGGUAUACCUUCUCAUUGGAAGCAUCAUUACCUACUACAAUAGUGUGGACGGAUCAUUAUCAGUCAUCCGUUUGUCAUCAGCAAAAUGGCCAACACGAAACGCGCGUGUGAUUUUGGUGAAUCCACGAUGUCUGUCGCCUUCUUUUCCCGCCGCCGUGGCUCCCUCUUCACAGAUCACGUGCGUCUUAUUCUUGCUUAACCUUGUUUUCGCGACAGCCCUACCAUCUCAAAACCUGAAACAAGCUUCUCUCUUUUUGGGGUUGGAGUUUGCAUUAAACGUGAAAUUUUAAAAUAUUCUUCCGCAACCCAUAAAAACUUCUUUAAAAUCAUUAUUUUCCUACCUGUCUUUGAAGUGUUUUUCAUUGUACGUUUAAGUAGUAAAUAUUAAUCUCGUGUGGUUUUUGCUAUUACUUUUUAAUCCGUGUCGGGUUAUUGAACCUUGACAUUUUCUGUCAUAAAUUAAAGUUUUGUCUGCCUUUUUUGUUUAUUUGUUUAUGUGUUCAAUAUUUUCCAGUCGAGGAGACGACAGGUUUUCUGCCCAGAAUCACGUCAUCGCUGCAUUGAGAAAUUUUGCAAGUACCAAAAAUGUUCAUGUUACGUUGGUCAUUCACCCAAGAAAGGUGUGUGUGUGUGUGUGUCUAUAUUCAUUCAAGCUAGAGUUUUUUUUAUCCUGGUGCAUCUGUGGACUUUCCACUUAGAUUGUUCACAGUCCCCUGUUCCUCGUAAGAUCGUCGGGAUCGAACACCUACCCUUAAGGGCGGCUAUUUUGGUCUCAAAAGUACCGCGCCAAGCCUGGGGGUUAGUAUCAAAUCUACGAAGGCGGGGGGCAGGACGGUUUGGGAGUAGGCGAGAAAUAUCUUUUCUCUUUUUUUCUCGCCCCCCUCCCCCACUGCUCUAAACCCCGGGGCCCGCCCCCCUCGGUACAUUUGAAAACAAGAUGGCCGCGCUUAACGGUAAGCGCUUGAUCUCGCGAUUUUUUUCAGAAAAAUUGAAAACUGCAAGCAGUCUACUUUCUACUUUGCUCUUUUAAACAGCGUACGUUCUGGAAUAAGAAUGAAAGACACUGAAGGAAACUAACCCGAUGGACCUCUAUUAAAAGAACCAUUAUAUUUUUCUAAAUAUUAGCUUGGCCUAAUAUUCAGCAGGAGUUCAGUAAACUUUUCAAGGUCUUGUUUUCCUAAAACGAAUGCUCGUGACAUCCCCAUCUUCUCGAACAAUUUGUGUCACCAGCGCAUUCGCAGAUGAACCCACCUAUUCAACCUUGAAUUAAGGUUUUGGGGUGUUAGAAGACAGUGGUAUUUAUAGUGAGGAAAUGUCUCUUCGUGAUUUCUGAUGUUUGUGCUCUUUGGGGUUCUGCGUUUAGGCUUCAUUUUAAAGGUUCGGGCACGUUGCUUAAUUGUAUCAAGCGUCCACUUCUGAAAUGGUUUCCCGCAAUACUGCAGGUGUGCAAACGCCUUUUAAUUUUGGAAUAUUGCGCGCAAAGAAUUUCUUCAUGUGUCUACGUUCUGCCGCGUUGCUCCGUACGACAAAUUGCGUGACGCAAAUUUCAUCUUCAACCACUUAAACUUCACACACUCGCAUCUGGGAGGCAUCAUUACUCGUCACUUCAUUACUUGUAAAGUCGGUGCGCUAUAAGCAGUCUGGCAAAAGUCCGCAAGCCAGUAUUGUAAAUCACCAUCACUGAAAAGUCCUGAGGGGAGUGGGUGGUAACAUAUAUUUUCACAAAACCUCUGGAAUUAUAUUUCGCCCGUCGUACGAAAUAAUGCAGUUUGUAACCAUGGACCAAUAAAUGUUGUCCGCAAUAUUGCUAGCAAUAUGACGGCGGCAUUUUCUGUCUUAACGGAAUGUGGCUUCACGUCUAUUGUCUUUUUUUAGGAGAAUGACGAUGUUGAACUUCAAACGGCGUCCAUUUUUGGAACUGCCAAAGCAAGUCAAGAAGCAGACAAUGUGAUCAUCCUGCAGAGUAAGACAGGAACAGCGCAGAAAUAUCUACAGGUGCGUAAUCGAGCGCUCAAAUUAAGACGUGAAGAUUGAUACUCAGAACUGUUUGUUGUCUAAUAUCUCAUUACGUAGUUUGGGAGUGUUUAGUAUUAUAAUGUGACGAUACCCGUUUAAUAUGACCAAAUUUUCAUGGCCUAUUGUCAUUCCACUUUGUUCCUGGAGGGACAAGUCUGCCCCAGGCUCUUAGAUUGUAGAAACGUCGCGAAAACCAGGUCAAGGGAAAAUAAGAAGCGCGUACUACUCAGAAAUAGGAAGGCGGGUGAAUAAGUUCUCUUCGACUCCAAAGGAGACCACAAAUUGUUAGUUCCGAUUUCUCCACCUGCCUUAAACGACUUCCUCUCGUUCUCUCUCCUUCCCUUUCUUUCUCCUUUAAUUUAUCCUGGCUUCUUCUCCCCUCUUCUUCCUUUCUCCUUUCCUUCCCUUCUUUUUACGUUUUAAGCCUUCUUCUUUCUUCUUUUCUUCGGAUCUUUCUCGCAUAGCUGACUUGCUGAUCUCAUCAUUUUUGCAAGGCAUUUUUACAACCAUCAUAUAUCAGUCUCUUCGUUUCUCACUUUCACCUAGGUGACUAAAAACCGUUUUGAUGGCGUGCUUGGACGAGUGCCUCUGGACUUUGUUAGGGAGUCUUUAUCAAUGUCGGGAUAUGGUAAACAAAUACCGCCAAACAGAACACUGAGCUUGGCAAAAAGGCGUCCUGAAAAACUCAAGGCAACGAGACUGGCAGGUGACGUAGAUGUAGUCAAGUUCUCAGCUCCAAAGAUUAUUCCUCCCAACAAAGUAGUGGAAAGAAACCUUGUCUCGCCCCAGGCUGCUCAUGUCGACAAUGUCACAAGAAGCAACACAACUUCCACUACAGUCGUUGAUAACGAAUUGGUUGAUAUAGAGAAAGAAGGAGCGAAUGACGCAGCCGCGAUAUCAAAUCAGCCAGGCAAUAGUUUGGUAGAUGGCGAAAAGAAAGAAACAGUACAAAGGACGGUAAAAAAGAUUUUAAGUGGAACACGCCUGUUCACUAAAGCUGUCCCUCGAAACAAUUACAACAGGUCUGGACUUACUGCUCAGGGAAAUAGACCUGCAAAUCUACCGAAACUUAAUGGAUGAGAGGAGAGCAAAGUUGGGUUCAUUUAAUGCUAUUGUUGGGGAGGGCUGCAUCUAGAAUAAUAAGGAAACGCCGGAAUACUUCCCAAGAUUACGAAGACGUCUGUUCGAGACGCCUAAGUAACUGGACAGCGUCAUGACGCGUGCCUUGAUAGUCGCACUUGAAGGGGUCUUUUCCUAUUUUUUACGAUAGGAAGAUUUAAAAAUUUGGUGAAAAAUAACUCUAGGCCGUCCUUGACUUUUUAUUAAACGGAACGUUGAGAUUGGAGGCUAUUAUAUCAGAAACGGCGAAAUAUUUUGAAUAAAUAGUAAUGUUUGUUUAUUAACGGGAGUGAAAAUUGUUUUUACCGCCUUUACACCGUGCUUUGAUGUGCUGUUGUAUCCCGAGCGGUGCCCCUGAGAAAAUUGAAAGAGAUGCAGAAAUCAAGGAUUUUCAUGACUCGUUGGUCGAGAAUAACAAAUUUAUCUCGACUCAAAAUAAGCUCCUUUAACGCCAUACUCUUUUUUUUGCUUAAAAUUAUCAAUACCUGAGGGCGCACGAGCAACCAUGUUUUCAAACUUCCAUUUGUUCUAAGAACUGACCGAACUGGUGGUCGAAAAUUAAGUCAGUGUUAACAACAGCCCUGUUCGGUACUAUGCUCACAGACGAUAGCGCGUUUAACGUGCCUUUUAUUUUACUUUUGACCUGACUCUUUUAAAUUUCUUUACCUGUGCGACUACUCAAGGACUCGUAAUGAGUCACUUU